AUGGAUGAUAGAGGAGGCUCGUUCGUAGCAGUCAGGCGGAUUUCGCAAGGUCUAGAGCGUGGAAGCGUUUACCAUUCUUCAUCUGCUGAGGUUGUGGCUGGAUCGGCAGCAUGGUUAGGCCGUGGACUUUCCUGUGUUUGUGCUCAGGGAAGAGAUGGUGACUCUCGUCCUUCAAUUGAUCUAACACCUGCUCAGGAGGAAUGCCUCCAGAGGCUGCAGAACCGCAUUGAUGUUGGCUAUGAUAGCUCAAUACCUCAGCAUCAGGAAGCCCUGAAGGAUCUUUGGAAACUUGCCUUUCCAGAAGAAGAGCUACACGGAAUUGUAUCUGAGCAGUGGAAGGAAAUGGGUUGGCAGGGAAAAGAUCCAUCAACAGAUUUUAGGGGUGGUGGUUUCAUAUCUCUUGAAAACUUGUUGUAUUUCGCUAGGAGUUUCCCGAAAUCCUUCCAGGACCUUCUGCGGAAGCAAGUUGGAGAUCGCUCGGUGUGGGAAUACCCCUUUGCUGUUGCUGGCAUCAAUAUAACAUUCAUGCUCAUCCAGAUGCUUGACCUUGAAGCAGUGAAACCACGAAGUAUUGUUGGGGAAACAUUUCUCAGAUUCCUUACUGUAAACGAAGCUGCGUUUGACAUUCUCUACUGCAUUGCCUUCAAGCUGAUGGAUCAGCAAUGGCUCUCCAUGCGUGCUUCAUACAUGGAAUUUAACACGGUGAUGAAAUCAACAAGGCGGCAACUAGAGAGAGAGAUUAUGGUUGAAGACAUAACAUGUCUUGAAGAUUUGCCAUCAUACAGUCUUCUCACUCAAUAG